AAUAAAAAAUCUAAGCAUUUUUCUUUUUUCUUGCUCGAUAGGAUAAAAAAAAAAAAAAAAAAUUCCCAGGUGCCUCGGUCAAUUGUCCAUACCCAAACAUACAUAUAUAUAUAAGAACGGUCACAUUCAUUUCCCCUCCUUCUCUCGCCACUGCAAUUGAAAACAAUGGCGCGCCAUUCCACCCCCCACGGCCGCAAAGAAGUUCGAAUCGCCGUCGCCGGCGACGGAGCCACCGGUAAAUCCACCCUCAUCGCCGCUAUGGCGUCGGAUUCUUUCCCCGACACCGUCCCCUCGGUGCUUCCCCCAACUCGCCUGCCGCACAAUUCGUUCCCUGAUUCCCUUCCUCUCACCGUCAUUGACACACCUUCCAGUUUGGGGAAACAAGGUUUGCGCAAUGAAGAGUUGAAGAAAGCUGAUGUGGUUGUUUUGACCUAUGCUUGUGAUGAGCCAGAGAGCUUUCAGCGUGUGAGUUCUUACUGGCUCCCUGAGCUGAAGAGAUUGGAGGUGAAGGCACCUGUGAUUGUGGCUGGUUGCAGGCUUGAUCUUCGUAACGAAAGCCAGCAAGUGAGCUUGGAGAGUCUCACGGCACCUAUCAUGAUACAGUUCAGGGAAAUCGCCACAUGUAUUGAAUGCUCCGCGGCAACGCUUUAUCAGGUCCCUGAAGUUUUUUAUUUUGCACAAAGAGCAGUGCUACAUCCAGUUGACCCAUUGUAUGAUUAUAGAGAGCAUGCUUUAACAGGUCGAUGUUUAAGGGCAUUGAGAAGAAUAUUUGUUGUUUGUGAUCAAAAUAUGGAUGGUGCCCUCAGUGAUGCCGAACUCAAUGAGUUUCAGGUUAAAUGCUUCAAUAAACCGUUGCAACCAUCCGAAGUGGCAAAAAUAAAAACAAUUAUACAGCAGAAGGUUCCUGAAGGAGUCAACUCCCAUGGUCUCACUUUUCCAGGAUUUAUAUUUGUACAUGACAUGUUCUUAAAGAGAGGGCGAAUAGAGGCAUUUUGGGCGGUUUUAAGAAAGUUUGGAUAUGAUAAUGAUUUAAAACUUCAGGAUGAUUUCCUUCCAGUUCCAUCGAAACAGGCUUCUGAUCAGAGUGUCGAGUUGACAAGUGAAGCUGUGGAGUUUCUAAAUGGUAUCUUCCGGUUGUUAGAUACGGAUAAAGAUCGAUCCCUUCGACCUGCGGAAGUUGACAAGCUAUUUGAUGUUGCUCCAGAAAGCCCGUGGAAUGACGCUCCAUAUAAGGAUGUAGCAGAGAAAAAUGAUAUGGGUUACAUUACUCUAAACGGAUUUCUGUCUCAGUGGGCCCUUAUGACAUUACUUGAUCCACCGCGUAGCUUGGCAAAUUUGAUUUACAUUGGAUAUAGUGGUAAUCCUGCUACAGCACUUCGUGUUACUCGUAGAAGAGCAGUAGAUCGCAAGAAGCAAAAAACAGAAAGAAAUGUAUUCCAAUGCUAUGUUUUUGGUUCUAAAAAUGCCGGGAAAUCUGCUUUGCUGUAUUCGUUAUUGGGAAGGCCUUUCUCAAAGAAUUAUACUCCAACAACUGUGGAGCAGUACGCAACAAAUGUCAUUGAAUUAAUAGGGGGAGCUAAGAAAAUUCUCAUCUUGCAUGAGAUACCAGAGGAUGGAAUAUCAAAUUUUUUGUCAAAUAAGGAUUGUUUGGCUGCAUGUGAUGUAGCUGCUUUUGUGUAUGACAGCUCAGAUGAAUACUCAUGGAAGAAAUCCAUAGAUUUUCUUGAGAAGGUUGUUAGACAAGGAGAGAUAACUGGUUAUAGAGUACCUUGCCUCCUCAUUGCUGCUAAGGAUGAUUUAACUCCAUUCCCAAGGGCAUUACUAGAUUCAGCUAAGGUUACUCAGGAAUUGGGAAUAGAGGCACCUAUUCACGUAAGUAUGAAAUUAGGUGAUUCAAAUAGUGUGUACAACAAGAUUGUUAAUGCUGCAGAACACCCUCAUUUGAGCAUCCCAGAAACUGAGGCUGCAAGGAAAAGAAACCAAUUCCAACAGAUUCUUAUCUAUGGCUUAGUUGGGGUUGCUAUGGCAAUUGUUGGCGUGACAGCUUCUCGUGCACGUGCAGUGAAGAAGAACACUAAAGCUUAGCCAUCAAGCAAUGUUGUGCUAUUGCUGCUAAAAACUGUGGUCUUUCAAGCCCCAGUAUUUAACCAUAGGUAACCGAGAGUUAGAAUAUUUGAUGUACAGUAAUUGUUAAUUAAUAAUCAAAUUUUGUGUUGUGAGAAUACCUUAACCAGGCUUCCUUAAUAUAAUUUGUAUUUAUUUAUUUUUUA